UCUAGUUUUUGGUUGAUCGAAUGAUUCAGAUAAUGCGCUUACUCGUGUGAUCCAGAGCGGGACGUGUUUACUGAAAGAGAAUAUUCAAUUGGAACGGGAGACUGGCGAGUUGAACGGGAUCAAGCUUUCUUUGCGAUCACGAAACAAAAAGUCUUCCGGUCGAGACCUUGCUCGAAGCAAAAAGUAUUCCGAUCGAGGAUGAGCUGAAAUUAAACGUCCAAACUCAAAAGUCGAAUCCACAUAUCUGCUCAAGAACAGCUGAUCUUCAUUAAGCCGUGGGAAAUGAACUCUCUUGCCUUAGCCGGGAUCAUCGUGGGCGGCAUCGCCUUCAUCAUGGCCAUCAAGCAGAUCACCAGGUGCAUCGAGCUGAAGCGAGAGUGGCACGCGGAGCGCGCGGCAAGCAGCGCAGCCCAGCCGGCGAGCGGCACGCGGUCGCAGUACAACGUGGAGCUGGAGUCGGUGAACCGGUUCCUGGACGGGAUCCUGCGUGAGAAGCCGGCGCGGUUCACGGCGGAGAACCUGCGCGAGUUCACUGGCGGCUACGCGGAGCGCGUCGGGUCGGGAGGUUUCGGCGUCGUGUACCGCGGCCGGUUCCCCAACGGCGUGGCCGUGGCCGUGAAGGUGCUCAACGGCACACUGGACCGGCGCGCCGAGGAGCAGUUCAUGGCUGAGGUGGGCACGGCGGGCAGGACGUACCACAUCAACCUCGUCCGCCUCUACGGCUUCUGCUUCGACGCCUCCGUCAAGGCGCUCGUCUACGAGUUCCUCCCCAACGGCUCCCUCGACCGCGUCCUCUUCGACCCUCCCAAUAAGCCAACGCCGAUGCCGAUGCCGGCCGGCCGCGGCGUGCUGGGGUUCGAGACGCUGCUGGGGAUCGUGGUGGGAACGGCGAGGGGCAUCCGGUACCUGCACGAGGAGUGCCAGCACCGGAUCAUCCACUACGACAUCAAGCCGGGGAACGUGCUGCUGGCGGAGGACUACUCCCCGAAAGUGGCCGACUUCGGGCUGGCCAGGCUCUGCAACCGCGACAAGACGCACCUGACCAUGACCGGGGGCGCGCGGGGCACGCCAGGGUACGCGGCGCCCGAACUCUGGCUGCCGCUCCCCGUCACGCACAAGUGCGACGUCUACAGCUUCGGCAUGCUCGUCUUCGAGAUCCUCGGCCGCCGCCAGAACUACGUGGUGGAGGAGCACGCGGCGUUGAGCGGCCAGGAGUGGUACCCGAAGUGGGUGUGGCAGAGGUUCGAGGAAGGGCGGUUCGAGGAGGUGAUGGCGGCGUCGGGGAUAAUGGGCGAGGACGGGGAGAAGGCGGAGAGGAUGUGCAAGGUGGCGCUGUGGUGCGUGCAGUACCGGCCCGAGGCGAGGCCCGCCAUGAGCAGCGUUGUCAGGAUGCUCGAAGGCGAGGAGGAGAUCGCCAGGCCAGUGAACCCGUUCUCCUACAUGGCGGGUCUCCACGCGAUUUCUAGCUCGGGCGGCGAUGGCAGCGCUUCCUCCUUCUCCGGCGAUUCCGCGAAUAGAUCGUCGGCGUUGAGUCAAUGAGUCAUGCACGCCGCCGUCGAUUCUUAAAGGUCUGGCAGGUUGGUUGACGUUCUUGUACAUUUGUACUGGCUGUUUGGUGAAUUCUGUGUAAACUGAUGCAUGCACCUUUGGCUGUUUGAGUAUUAUGGCUUGCUUGCAUAAUUGCAGAGUUUUUGUGUUUCA